AUGCCACCGCGAGAAGAAUUGACAGAGCCAUUGCUCUCGAAUAGCAACGAUGAAAACAACGACUUGGAACAAUCUCCUUCUCCAACUCCCGGAGCUUGCUGCUCUCCCGACGAACCGGGAGAACAACCGCAAGAAGAAGAAGAGUUUUCAGCUCGUACUGAACUGUGGGAAAUGGCUUCUCUAGGGCUACCGCUCGCCGUCUCCUUCUUUUGCCGCAUGUUCAUGGCCAGCACAGAUUCGGCAUUUGUGGGACACAUCAAUGAUGGACAAUACACUGCAGAAGUUUACUUGGCAGCCGCCGUCUUGUCCGACAUGUGCAUUGGCGUCUUUGUCACUCCUCCCUUGGCCUUUAAUCAAGUUUUGAAUGGAUUGGUAGGGCAAGCCAUGGGAUCCGGGAACCCCAAAAUGGCUGGUAUUUGGCUGCAGCAAUCCAUGUUUUGGUUGGCAAUCAGCAUGUUGCCCUUUUUGAUUCCCAUGUUUUAUGUGGAAGAUGUUCUUUUGGCAUUGGACUUUUCGAAGGAUGUCGCCAAGGUGGCGGGGACAUAUGCCAAGUUCAACAUUGUGUGGCCCAUUCCAAAUGGGCUUUAUCAGUGCAUGAGAUUCUACUUUCAGGCCCAGGGCAUGCCUCGUCCAGCAAUGUACAAUAACAUUUGCUUUCUGUUUGUCAAUGCUCUGUUGAACUGGAUCUUUGUCUUUGGUGGUCCCUUCAAGCAUUGGAACGGUCUCGGGUUCAUUGGUGCGGCUAUUUCACUCUCCAUCUCUCGGACCAGUCAAUCGGUCGUGUACUUUAUCUACAUGUUUCUCAUCAAAAAGAAUCACUUGAAUACUUGGCCCGAUGACGGAUGGUCCUUCAAGCAUCACACUUGGGAGCGAACCAAGGAAUUCAUGAAGCAAUCUCUGCCCAACAUUGGUACUCUUCUCUUUCAAUGUGCCGCUUCGCAAGCAACUACAGUCUUGGUAGGUCGUCUCGGAGAUGGGCCCAUUGCUGCCUCGUCUGCCAUUUCGACUGUUUCCUAUCCUUGGUCUGGGACCUUGGGUGCUACUUGUACCACCAUUAGUGGGGUCCGUACAGGAUUUCAUAUGGGACGUGGAAAGGCCAAUGCUGCCAAGCAGUCCACUUGGUUGGUGCUCUACGCAAUUACAGUGGUCAAUAUCAUUGUAGCGGCCAUUUUUAUUCCAUUUGGAGAUACCAUUUUGAAAUUUGCUACCAAUGACGCUGAGGUCCUGAGCAUUGCCGGAAAAUUGAUCCCUGCCUUGUUGGUCGGAACCUAUCUCAACCUGAUUGUCAGUAAUAUUACUUCUGGUGUCUUUUCGGGCAUGGGUCGGCCCAUCAUUGCCACUGUCCUCAGCUUUGGAUUAGAAUUGCCAAUGUCCAUUGGGGGUGUGGCCAUUUACAUUUUGGCCAUGCAUGGAAAUCUAUUGGGGGUCUACUGGUGGACGGCCAUCUCGGGAGGAAUUGAAGUCGUCAUUGUCGUGUUCCUACUCUUGCGAUCGGAUUGGUAUUAUUGGGCUGAACAAGCCCGGUUGCGUCAAGAAGCUAGUUCUAGUACCAAUGAUGAGGAAGGAGAAGGUGAUGGAGAUGGAGAUGAUGACAAUGGGGAAGAGUCAAAUGAGGAAGCUACAGAAGGAGGCGCUGCAACCGCAGAAGAGAAUGCCGGUGAAAAUAAUGUAGAAGACAACUAA